GUGGAAAUGAGCCUUAAUAAUAACAACAGCCGCGUUCUAUUUGAAGAAAAUUUUGACAGAACGAACACAGUCACAAGCGAAAAACGAAGAAGAAAAAGAAGUAAGAACUUUUUCUCUACUGGGUGGACGUCCGUAUUUUCACACACUGCUUGGAAAAGCUUGCCGCUGGGUCGAAGGGAAACGGCGAACGGAGCACACAGUUCGGGUGGUGCUGGUCAUCAAACAUCAUCAUCAGCAGCGAACACACGAAAGAACAAAAACAAUGAUAGCGGCCGAAAAUUUGGAUCUUUCGCUUAAAGAUCUUUCCCUGGACGCGGGAUCGGCGGCCAGUGAGGAGAGCAAUAAAAUUCUCAAAUGGAACCUGCCGCUGAAGGAGCUGUACAAGCUGGCGUGCAGCUUUUACAAAGAAAAAUCUGGAAAAGCGAUCCAUCUAAGCUACGAGGACAAUUUGAAGCUGGUGGCUUUUACACAGCAAGCAGCACACGGACCACUGGACCUGUCGGACGCUCCUCCGCUGGGAAUGUUCGAUGUCAUCGGGAAGGAUCGCAGAAUAGCCUGGCAGCAGCUGGGCACAAUAACGAAGCUUCAAGCGAUGGAAGGUUUCAUCGAUCUGCUCGAUCGUCUCUGUCCGCUGUUUAAACCGUACGUGGAGGCGAUCAAGAAGGACAAGGAGGAGAAGGCUCGCCGUGCCGAACAGGAACAGAUUCAGCGCACGGAAGCACUGGCCGCGGAAAAGGAACGCCAGGAGGAGCUGCAGCGGCUCGAAAAUGAAAAGAACCGUGAAGAGCUCCACCGGCGACAGCUGCAGGACGCGCUGAAUCAGCAAACGUACCACCAGUUUAAGGAGUACGCGGAAAUCCAGUUUCCGGGCAACCCGGAACAGCAGGCGGUGCUCAUUCGGCAGCUGCAGAACGAACACUACCACCAGUACAUGCAGCAGCUGCAGGCCCAGGUCGCGACCAAUCUGGCCCGGCUGAAAAGCAUAUCCGAUGGGGAGGACGACGAUAACAAUCCUACCGCUGUGGUGUGCGAAAAUGGACCCGCUGGUGGUGCUGGUGAGCCGGGCGUAUUUACGACCUGCGCCAACACCGUGAAGGAAAAUAGUCAAUUCGAGUUUAAGGAACAGUGUGACAGUGACAAUGAUUCUGGAGAUUACGCAGUAAUCAGUCCCGCAAACAUGUGGACCAAGCCGGAUAUAAAGCUCUUCAAGCAGGAAGUGAUGGCCGGCAAAGGCGAUGGUGUGAUACGCGUAAACCAUGGCGAUACAGUUACGGUAAAAGUUCCAACGCACGAAGGAGGGUCGUGCUUGUUCUGGGAGUUUGCAACGGACAGUUACGACAUUGGGUUUGGCGUGUACUUCGAGUGGGGCAAACCACCGACGACCGAAGUAUCGGUGCAUAUAAGCGAAAGUGACGAGGACGAUGAUACGAUAGAGGAAGAUGAAGAAGUGAUCUGUGCGGAAGACCUGGAGUGUGGUACGGUACAGAACAGCCAAACGAGUGGUGCCGGGGGCAGCAGUGCGCUCGGUUCGCGCAAUCCCAUCUCGAUCAUCAUACCGAUCUACAGGCGCGAAUGUCACCAGGAGGUGUACGCCGGUUCCCAUACCUACCCGGGCGAAGGCACGUACUUGCUCAAGUUCGACAACUCGUACAGCUUGUGGCGCCCGAAGACGCUCUACUACAAGGUUUUCUACACGCGAUAAUCGGUCUCGCGCCCAGCACGGUAAACACGCUAAAUGGGACGCCAGGUUUCGAAGGAAAAGGGGCAAAUUCGCGCAAGGAAAACGUAGCACUAUUUAAAGGAACUAUUUUAUUCGAAUAACUUCUAAUGAACGCAACACACCCCGGGGGGGGGGGGGGGGGGGGGGGGGGGGUUAGUGUCGCACACUCUCUUCCCAAACGCGCUGUAUCGGGGAGCAAGGUGGCCAUGAAUGCGUCCGUGGUAACCAUGUGUACCAUGGUGUGGUUGCUAACACAUGCAGACUACCCUACGUUGAUCGUUGUAAAAUGGUUGCUAGUGUUGGUUGCUCCCUUACCCCAGGUCCAUACAGAACAAGUGUCCACGCGCAUAUGUGUUUAAAACAAUAGUACGCCGUUUUAAAUGACAGAACCGGUGGGCAAUUGUUUUUACGCGCUGGAAAGCACACACAAACAACCAGCAAAAAGAAAAGAAAGAAGAAAACUUGUUCCCUAGAUCCAAUAGAGUAUAUUAGUUACAAAAUGACCGUUGGUGGUUGAUAGAGCGCAUAUCGGUGUGUGUGUGUGUGUGUUUCGAGAGGGUGGGUUUUUUUUUUGUUUUAAAAGUACAUUCUCGAGUCUAUUUAGCAAAUCGUCGUCGAUGUGAUCGAUAUCAAUGCGGGAUGAUUCAUUCCAGGUGUGUAAUCGAAUUUGGAUUUGCGUACAUACAUCCAAUACCUAUAAACGAAUCGACACGGGCAAGGUGGCCAAGGGUGUGCAUGGCAUAGAUAAAUGAAAAGCUAGGAAGAAGAGAAAAAACAACGGCAAGCAGUUCCCAGUAAAUCCAGCUCCCCUUAUAUGAACACAACCCCUAAACAACGACCCACAACCAAGCACCUAUAUACACGAUAAUGGAUGUUGAUUGUUCAGCGAAUUAUAAAAGCCCCGUGUACGGGAAAAAGUUUAAAUAAAAACUGUUGUGGUACGUACACACACACACACACGUA